AUGCUUGGUUAUCAGUGCCCCGGGUUCCAGCAGACAUUGCGCUGGUCAACGAAAUACGAGCGGCCCCAGAAGACAACCUCGGCAGAUACAACCAGCAGCCAGUCAAACGAGGUUGACACUCUGCAAUACCAAGGCCAACCGAAUGAUGAUAAGCUCAGCUUCAGAACAAACCGCGAAACUGAUAUUUCAAGCGUCUCCGAUACCUCAUGUAAUGGACUCAACGUGGCCGUGAGCACUAGUCCCCCCUGGCCGCCUGAUUUUCCCAUAAGGGUGCAAUCCACGGCCCUUGAUCCCAGCGUGUGUCUAGACUCCAGUGACACGUGGGGCAAGACAUCCUUCCCCAUAGAGCCUGACUUCUUAGAAGCGUAUGAAGAGUAUCAAGAGGAUGCUCCACUGAGCCCAAGGAUUUUGCAGGCUCCUAUCGAUCUUCCAACUAUGCUGAUUGAACACUGGUUUGGCCACAUUUGCCCACUGUGGUCCACAUAUGAUUCUGAGAUCAGCUACAAUCGUCAACUGGCUUGGAGUUCAUGGAGCACGUCGAGGGCGGUUUUUUAUACCAUCCAAACGAUGUCCGCCGCCCGCCUUUCGGUCAGUACGCCCCGGCUCUGGGGCAUCGAGGCAGCCUUGCGAUCCCAAGCAGUCGCAGCCAUCGAUGAAGCCAUCUACCUAGCACGCCGUUCGCAGUCACCAAAAGUCCAGCCCGACCUUGUCUACGCGGUAUUCACGUUGGGCAAUUCGUUGGAUUGCACGCUAGCGUCUCGCUCAGAAUAUCGUUGGCUGGAAUCUGCUCGCGAGUUACUUUCAAUCUGGGGAGUGGAGCUACCAACUUCAAACGUGCCACUCCAUGCGUACUUCUGCCAAGCAUUGGGCUACUGGGAAAUGCUAAUGGCGGCAGCCGGGCGUGGUUCAAUCCCUGCAAGGUUGGAGAAAAGGCGACAAUCUUACAAUGUGAGGCUUUGGCAGGCAAUGGGAAUUUCAGGGUGCAAUGCGAAUGCGGUUCCCAUUGAGUCACUGCCAUGUGAUCUGGGGCAGAGCCUUUUGGGGACCAGGCCUAACUCAUGGUCUGGCAUUUCAAAUGAGGUUGUAGAUGUUUCCGGGCAGGUAUUGGCCCUGUGCUAUAAUGUUAGUCAUCAAAGGAAGAAUACGGCAGGCUUCACGACCUUACUAGCGUGCGAAAUACUUUCCAACUUUUCUCUGGCACACGACCUUCAAAGAGAGCUACUGGCCAUGGACUUCGAGACCCUGGUUCUCAUGGAUGAAAUUCAAGGGUUUCCCGUGCAGACGCAGGACGACAAUACCCCCAUCGCUCAUCUGGUGCAAACUGCCGAAGCAUACCGUCAAGCAGCCUUGCUACAGCUACAUCUCGCUUUUAGUGACCUUGAAAGGGUGCCACGAGGGGCGCCUCAAGGCUUGACCGGAAGAUUGCCUGCCGAAGCGAUAGACAAUAUUUCUGAGCAUCGGGCGUCUCGAAGAGAGUAUCUCCUUUCACUGACCCUAGACCUUGUUGCUACACUCGAGCAAAUCCCUCCUCAAUCGGGCUCAAGGUCUAUCCAUUUGAUAUUAUAUCUUUCCGCAGCCACGGGCCUCAAAUUUGAAGUCCUUUUUCAGUCGGGGGACAUCUCCGACGGGAACGGCGAAGGAGCCGGGCGGCUAUCCUCGGGCACCACGUGGGGUUCCCUCGGGAUGGAUCCAUUUUCGUCUGGUCUACCGACUUUGAAUGUACCCGAAAUAACUAGUCCCUCCACAUUCGAUAUCAGAGAUACUACGGAUACAGUCAUUCCGCGAUCAACUCUGGAAACGUCCAGGGCGAGAGACCUUGUCCUCACGCGACUCAGUAGCCUCCAACAGACACUGCCUCAUCGACGAAUGGACGACACGCUACAAUUUGUGAAAGCCAUAUGGGAGGAGUAUGAUAGCCGGAACGCAGAUAGUUCCAGCAUUGUCCAUUGGUUGGACAUGAUGCGCAAAAAAGGCCUAGUAGUAACAUUGUGGUAA